AUGGAUAAUAACCGGCCCUUCCAUGCGAUUAAAACGUGGAAUUGAAAGCGUUUUUUAAAAAUAACAGCCUCGACAAAUAUUUGAGCAGAUUUUUACAGAGUAAUCAAAAGUUGCAGUGCAGUAAUGUCAAUGAAAAUAAUGAAAUUUGAAAGGUUAUACGGUAGAAUUACUACAUGUUAAAACAACAUAGUAAAAACACAUAGUCAGCUAUAAUGGAGCUAGGGCAAGGCUAAUAAUUAGAAACGGAACUAGGACUAGGACUUAGACUUAAACUAGGACUUGGACUUGGACUUGGACUUGAACUUGGACUUGGACCUGGAGUUGGACUUGGACUUGGACUAGGACUUGCACUUGCACUUGCACUUGCACUUGCACUUGCACUUGGAUUUGGACUUGAACAUGGACUAUAUUUGGAUUUAGACUUGGACUAGAAUAAGGGCUAGGAAUUAGACUAGAACCAAAGCUAAAACAUAGACUUGGACUAGAACGAAGGCUAAGAUGUGGACUAAAACCAGGACCAGGACUAGGACCAGGACCAGGACCAGGACCAAGACCAAGACCAAGACCAAGACCAAGACCAAGACCAAGACCAAGACCAGGACCAGGACCAGGACCAGGUCUAAGACCAGGACCAGGACCAAAACCAGAACCAGUAUCAAUAUCAAAACCAAAACUUAAGGCUAGGGCUCUGGGCUAG